UCUUUUUCUUGUUUAUACCCCACCGAAGAGUUUCCACCUUGAAGGGGUGGUGGGGCUUAGAGUCGCAUGCAGCUUCAUCCGCUCAGGGGUGCAUCUGGAUGCGACCAACUAAGAGAAACUCCCCAAGUCAAGGUGUAAGCGACCGUGCCGAAGACUGCGUCCCGCAGGGGGUGCUGCGUUGGCGAACGGUGCCUCCUGGUUACUCGAUACUGAGCGAGAUCCAGGAGUACGGUCCUCGAUUCUCGCGAUUCUGCUCAUAUCGCUCUUCCGCGGUACUCGCGGAUCCUAAGUCAAGGUGUAAGCGACCGUGCCGAGGACUGCGUGGCGCAAAGGAUGUUUGCGUCGUGAACGGUGCCUCCUGGAUAAUGGGCGAAAUUCAGGAGUAUAAUAGCCAAGUCCCGGUAUUCGCGGCUCUGCCGGGUGAUAUCGCAUUACCGCGGUAUACUCCACCUCCACCCCCACCCUCUAUUGCGACAACGACGAAGAAGAGGAAGCAGGUGCCUGCGACCCCGGUGCCAGCAAAAGCGAAGCCACCGAAGAAGAGGGAUAAGGUCUCCAGGACGGCGGCGGCGCGGCGCCAGGCUUGCUCUCAACCUGGCGGCUGGCCCAUCGCUCGAUGACGACGGGAGGGCGGGGACUGGAACAAUUUUUUCAUUA